AUGAGUUUUGCUUGUGUGAAAAGAAAAGAUAAUUUCAAAACAGUAGAACAAUUUCAUUUUAAAUUAGAUUUUCUCAUCCUUUCAUUCUUCAUCACCACCAACGCAAACCCCUUGAGAUUCCUUCAUUUCCUCACAAUCUUUUCCUUGAUAUCAUCCUUUCAUUCUUCUUUUUCUUCUUCUUCUUCUUCUUCGUCGUCAUCGUCGCCUUCGAUCCACGAUCUCCUCGUCUCGAGAGGCCUACCAAAAGGUUUACUCCCAAAGGAAGUGAAAUCCUACACGCUGUCCGACAAUGGAACCCUCCAAGUUUUCCUCGACGAACCGUGCCUGACCAAGUACGAGAAUAGGGUUUUCUUCAACACUGUGGUGACGGCUAACCUUAGCUAUGACAGUCUCAUUGGUGUGGUCGGUUUAAGCCAAGAAGAACUCUUCCUUUGGUUGCCUGUUAAAGACAUCAUCGUUGAUAGCCCUAAAUUGGGUCUUAUUUUGUUUGACAUUGCUGUCGCAUAUAAACAGCUCUCUUUGUCUCUUUUCGAAGAACCUCCUCACUGUAAACCUCAAGGUACAUCAAUGGCUUUGAUUAAAUUGAUUCCAACAAUAAUGUUUAGUCUGGUUUGAUUAAGUUUAGUUUGCAUCAGAAUGUAGUACAAAAUAGUUUGAUGUUUGAUUUGUGUAGUCUGCGAACUAAAACACUCGAACCAGCGACAAAGUUAAGUUUUGUCCUGGGGCACUACCCCC